AUGAAGCCCGAUGCAGUGGAAAUUGCGGCACACUUUGAAAACAAGAGCGAUGAUGAUCUGACUACCAUCACAUUCACCAGGGAUCAUUCGUGGCUGGAUGCCAUGCAAAUGUUGCAGGACUUGCAAGAAAGCAAUGUUCUACUGGGAAAAUGCAAGCGUACUAUUCAUUGGUGCAUUUGGCCCAAUGCUCCAAUGAUUGAAGAAGUCGCUGCCUUGAUGAUCGAGACCUUGGAAUACUUUGCAUCUUCGAAUCUUAUUGAAGGUGAUGGUGUACGGUGGGAACGAUUUGUCUUUCAGGAUAUGGAUCAAUCCAACGAGAAUCAUUGUCGCAUACUUUUCACUGUGUGUCGUAUUGAACUCUUUGAAUGCCUCUGGAUUGGUGGCAGGAACGACGAUCAGGACAUGACAGGUCCAAUGGCAAUGGAUCUGAGUCACGCCAUCUCCCUGAAUUCCAGCAUGGUCGAGAUUUGCGUCUUUCUCAAGCUCACGGACGAGUGUUUUCCUAUUUUGGGCAGAAGUUUGGAAAAGGCCAAGAAUCAAAAGAAGCUCUCGCUUCAUUUGAAUUUAUCAGAUAGUGUCUAUAGUUGCUGUAGUGGAGAUGGUGGUUCUUCCUCUUCUUCUACUUUGGCAUUUGAAGAAUUCCACAAUGGUUUGGCCUUGAACAAGUCGUUGCGACAAUUGGACCUGGAUGGACUUCCAGCACAAUGGUUACCUUUGGUGUUUCAAGCUUUGAGAAACUCAUCUGUGGAAGAAUUAAGCCUAAGAAAAUGUCAAUGGGAAGAAGAGGUGGAAGUACCACAAGAAUCAUCGUCGCCAGUUUGGGAUCAUUUGGCUCGAUACCUUUCCUCCAACGACUGCAAGCUGAAAACAUUGGAUCUGUCUUAUCCUUUUGCAAAUCUAAAUGUCACAAGACUGGCGGCUUGUAUGGAUAGGAAUACUUCCUUAGAAACUCUACGGUUGAAGCACGCUGGUCUGGUGGCAUCUGAGUGCAUAGAACUCUUGGCAACAAGCGCGAACAAUGAGUUGUUCGAAUUGGACCUUCAAAGCAACUCGAUAUCGCUACUAGAUUUCUCCAAUCUUGUCAUGUUGGAUGGAUUUACAGCGACGUUGCAGAAUACUACUACUACUACUACUACUUCAACUGCUGCUACCAGAAAUCGAUUGUCUCGUCUUAAUCUGGAUGGCAAUCGCAACAAUCACAUUUGGCCCAAGGAAGAUGCCAAGAAGAUUCAAACCCUACUGUUGUGGCUACUGAAGCAAAAUCCAUUUCUCAUCUUUCUCGGGGACCGUUUCGCUCGAUCUUAUCUGUGUGGCCCAUUGGUACAGCAUGACAUGGAUCUGAAUCGAGUGGGACAAGGCCAAUGGUGGAGAGCCGUCAUCAUUAUGAGCAGUAGUAGUAGUAGUAGUAGUAGUGACAACAAUGACAAUGACAAUGAUGGUAAUGACAACAACAAUGACAAGAAUGAUGAUUCGUCAUUGCUUCACCUGGCCUUGUGGCCUUACAUGCUGGCACGAGUUUCAAGUAGCAUGCGUUCGAUUGAGCCUAAACGCCAAGCAAGCGUGAUCUUUCGGCUCGUGGUGGAUGGAGUUGGAAAUGGGAUGCUUGCUUUGUUGUAA